GAACCGGCAAAAUGGUAGAAGAGUUGUCAGUGACGCUGCCAGACAAUGUUUUGGAAGUUAUAUUUUCUUAUUUGGACCUUCACGAUCUAAGAAACUGCUCACUCGUGUGCAAGAAUUGGUACAGGUUUUUGAAUGAUGAAAAUAAUGACGUGUGGCGCUUACAUUGCAUAAGAAAAUUGGCGGAGGAAGCCCUUAAGUCAGAUUUACUUUCUUCUGUGCCAACGUAUAAAGCAAAGUUGCGUGCGUUUUAUCAUGCAUGGAAUCCAAAUGACUGUUCGAGGAACGUUUAUAUCAAACCUAAUGGAUUUACACUUCAUCGCAACCCUGUCGCGCAAAGUACGGACGCUGCCAGAGGAAAAAUUGGCUUUAGGCAUGGGAGGCAUGCAUGGGAAGUCAUAUGGGAAGGUCCACUUGGAACCGUAGCUGUAAUUGGAAUUGCAACGAAAGAAGCGCCGCUCCAGUGCCAUGGCUACGUCGCUCUUUUGGGUUCUGAUGAUCAGAGCUGGGGCUGGAACUUAGUGGAUAAUCAUCUACUUCAUAAUGGAGAUUCGCAAGGAAACUAUCCACUACUGAACAACGCUCCUAAAUAUCAGGUUGGCGAAAGAAUAAGAGUUAUACUCGAUUGUGAUGAUAAUACAUUGUCAUUCGAAAAAAAUUAUGAGUUCCUUGGUGUUGCUUUCAGAGGUCUCCCAGAUAAAAGACUAUAUCCUUCGGUGUCUGCAGUGUAUGGGAACACUGAAGUUUCCAUGGUCUACCUGGGACCGCCUUUGGAUGGCUAACACAUAGUUAAUGUGACUCAAUCUCUCAGAGGAACCAGAG